GAGGCGCGGGCUGGGGUGGCGGCGGCGGCCGCGGCCAUGUCGGAGCUAGCGCUGGAGGAGUUAACAGCUCUCGCCGCCAUUUACUGCGAGCCGGACGCCUGCGAGGUUUUAUCAGUGUCAGAGACGCAUGGAGUCACGUUUAGAAUUCAAAUCAAUGUGAAAGAACCAGACACAGAUGUACUUCUGAAGCUGUUAUUUCAUUUACCAGUCAAUUAUCCAUCAACUGUACCAGAGAUUUCUGUUAAUUCAGCCCAGCUUACAAGGGCCCAGUGCAUGGAUGUGAAAGAGAAAUUACUUGAACAAGCAAAGGAGCAUCUUUCUGAACCAAUGGUGCAUGAUCUGAUUCUUUGGCUACAGCAGCAUCUUAAAGAUGUCAUUAAGCAAUCAGCAACAGUUUCCAAUGAAAAAACUACUUUGUCAAAGGGAAGGAGUACAGAGGACGGCAUCUGGAUGCUCCUUUUGCAUUUAGAUCACAUGAGGGCCAAGACAAAAUACGUCAAAACUGUGGAAAAAUGGGCUUCGGAUCUAGGGCUGACUGGAAGACUGAUGUUCAUGGGCAAGACAAUAUUGAUUCUUCUUCAGGGUGACAGGAACAACAUUAAGGAGUACUUGAUUCUUCAGAAAACUUCUAAGGUAGAUGUGGACUCAAGUGGAAAGAAAUGCAAAGAGAAAAUGAUCAGUGUACUGUGUGAGACAAAAGUACAGGCACAGCAUAAAAGGUUUCAGAUGUUUGAAGUCAAAGAAUACUCAACACUGGAUCAGCUACAAAAGGAAUUUGAAACUGCAGGACUUACAACCCUUUUCUCUGAGUUUGUGCCUCCUCUGUUAAAAUAGAACUACAAGAAAAACACUGGAUGGACUCUUUGACCAAAGCAGAUGCUGACAGAAGAGAAAAAGACCAGUCUGGCAGACAAUAUUAAAGUUUUUCUGCAAAGAAUGCCAGAGUAGCCAUCCUCCUGCAAGAAGGAGAAAGCAAUUCACAAAUGAGGAACUGGUAAUCUUUGGACAUUGGUAUAUUAACAGAUUUUAAUUGUGAUAAUUGCACGGCAAGCAUAAGAGAUCUGGAAGAAAUUGUGUUAAAACAAUAGACUUGUGUUUGGACUCUGUUUUGCAAUCCCUGUUUUCCACUAUUGUGGUUUUUAUCCCUCAUGGUGGUAUUUUUUGGUAAUGACCUGCUGAAAAGCACCAUUAAUUUGGCUUUGGAAGCUUAAUAUGAAGAUAUUUUGAUCAGGAGCACUGCAAAUGUAGAUCUGGAUAUGUGAGGACAGCAUAUACUUAAUAUCCCUUAGGUUCUUGUUUACUGGCUUUCCCUUCUCCAUUUAUUUGACUGCAAGUGCCAGAUUGUUGGUUUAAAGAAAAGUUCCCAUCACUUGGGGCCUGGAAUAACUUGUGUGUGUCUUUUUGAAUGUUAAUUUUUGUUCUAAAAUUUAUUGAAAGCACUCAAAUGGAGAAUUUAAGUUAAUUAAGAAGGUAAAGGUAAAAAUCAAUUGUAAUAUUUGAUAGUUUGCAGGCUUCUUUUUGCACUUGAGUUGGUUUUACUGCUGUGCAUCUUUAGAUCCCUCGAUUCAAUUAAACUGUCAGAGCAGAAUGUAGACAGACUUCAGUCUUCUGGCUCUCAGGACUUUUGCCAAGUUCUCUGUCAUUGGAGAAGCUGGGAACUCCUAACUCCCUAUUAAAAUUCCCCUAGCUUUACCAUUCAUUUAUUUAUUGGUUAAGUGGCCUUAGGCAGCUUACAAACGUUUUCACCACUGGUCUGUGUUUCAGUAUAAUGUUACAAAUUAUCAUUUUGGCAAGUUAAGUUGUGCAAGAUCUGUUUGCCUAGGGAGAAUCUGAUACGUAUUCAUUAUAAUUAUUAAUGUCCUUUGAUUUCUGUUUUGUCUGGAAUCAUUCUCUAGCAAGACUAGAUAAAUUGUCUGGCAGUAAGAAUUGUGAAGUCAGGAGUUCCUCGGGUGCUAGCAAUGCCAUUUCACUUGGUUUUGAGCAUGUCGCUGAACACGUGCUUUACUGCUCUCCAAAACUCACUCCCAGAAG